CAUUGUCACUUGUGAUGCCUGAAACAUGGCGGAUCCUGGCGAGAAUGUGAACGAAUCUUCACAUUUUCACAUGAAGUAACCAGUAUAAUAUGCCAAGAAAGCAUUUUAUAAUAGUUGUAAAUAACAAAGCAAAUACGUAGAUAAUGUCUAUUCAUCAGCAACAGAAGUCAGUGGUGAACUCCAGCGCGGUUUUUCCGAACGAAAGGUCGCCAUCGAUUUCGGAUUCGUCAGACGAGGAAGAUGAUGAUUUGGACGACGAAAGCGCCGAACAUUCAGCGAUGGAGUACAUUCUUAGAGCGAAAAGGACUGAACUCACAUCGAAACUGAUGCUGUCAGGUUCAGAUGGUCUGAGUAAUGACUUACGGAAGAUGGACCCAGAAACUCAGGCUCGUUUAGAGACUCUUUUAGAAGCCGCAGGUGUUGGUAAACUGGCAGAUGGGAAAGCAUUCACUGAUCCAGAAGUUCUUCGCCGGUUGACAUCAUCCGUCAGCUGUGCACUGGAUGAGGCUGCUGCUGCUUUGACAAGGAUGAGAACUCAAAAUAAUGGCAUGCCAUCUUCAGCUGGUCAAACUACUGCAGAUUCAGGGGCUCGAAGCCUUGCAGAAGCUUGCCUGGAAGGUGAUGUCAGUGCUGUACGGAAGCUGCUUGAAGAGGGCUGGAGUGUACAUGAACCAACUGAUGAAGGCGAAAGUUUACUCUCUCUAGCUUGUUCAGCAGGUUAUUAUGAACUUGCCCAAGUGUUGUUGGCCAUGAAUGCAAGUGUUGAUGAUCGUGGGAGUAAAGGAGACUGCACCCCUUUGAUGGAAGCCUCCAGUGGUGGCUAUAUAGAUAUAGUAAAGUUGCUACUUGAGAACACUGCUGAUGUCAAUUCACAAUCACAAGCUGGUAACACUGCUCUCAUCUAUGCCUGUUGUGGUGGUUAUGAGGAUGUUGUUGAGGUGCUUUUAAAUCAUGGUGCAGACAUUGAGGCUCAUAACGAGAAUGGUCACACACCCCUUAUGGAAGCCGCAAGUGGUGGACAUGUGAACGUAGCUAAGAUGUUACUUGAAAGAGGAGCUUGUAUUAACUCUCAUUCAAAUGAGUUUAAAGAGAGUGCUUUGACCUUGGCGUGCUAUAAAGGUCACCUUGAAAUGGUCAAGUUUCUGCUUGAUGCUGGAGCUGAUCAGGAACACAAGACAGAUGAAAUGCACACAGCACUGAUGGAAGCAUCCAUGGAUGGACAUGUGGAAGUGGCAAGGCUUCUUUUGGAUCAUGGAGCACAGGUUAACAUGCCAGCUGACAGUUUUGAGUCACCUUUGACAUUGGCAGCCUGUGGUGGCCAUGUUGAGCUUGCUGACUUGCUCAUCAAAAGAGGUGCAUUCCUGGAAGAAGUUAAUGAUGAGGGGUACACACCUCUCAUGGAAGCCUCCCGGGAAGGACAUCUGGAUAUGGUUGCGUUACUUCUUGAACAUGGAGCUGACAUUCAUGCACAGACAGAGGAGACUCAGGAGACAGCUUUGAGCUUGGCCUGUUGUGGAGGUUUUCAAGAUGUAGCUGCAUUUCUUCUUCAAGCAGGUGCCUCCAUUGAGCAAGGCUCAUCAACUCCUCUGAUGGAAGCUGCACAGGAGGGCCAUGUUGACCUGGUUAAAUUCCUACUGGAGCAAGGGGCUAAUGUUAAUGCAACAACUGCUACUGGUGAUACACCACUGUCUUUUGCUUGUGAGAAUGGUCACACUGAUGUUGCUGAUGUUCUGCUAUCAGCUGGGGCUGAACUGGAGCAUGAGUCUGAAGCUGGUCGCACACCUCUCAUGAAAGCUGCAAGAGCUGGGCAUCUCUGUACAGUACAGUUUCUUAUCAGCAGAGGAGCUGAUGUUAGCCGGCAAACCACUGUCAAUGAUCACACGGUGCUUUCUCUUGCUUGUGCUGGUGGGCAUUUGGCAGUUGUAGAGUUACUGUUAGCACAUGGCGCUGAUCCCUUGCAUAAGCUAAAGGACAAUUCCAACAUUUUAAUAGAAGCAGCAAAAGGUGGCCAUGCCGCAGUAGUUUGCUUUCUCCUGGAGAAUCCCAUUGUCUCCAACCCUCCUGAACUACCACUUCAUUCAUUGCCUGCUACCCUUCCAACUCCCACUGUUCCUCCACCCCGGGUGCCUCCUGUUCAUGCAACACAACCCCCAGUCAUGGAUCAUCCAGAUAUGACAGAUAUGUCAGCUGAAGCCUUGAUGGAAAACCAACAACUGAUGCUGAACCAGCUGUCAAACACUCCCUUGUCACCACAGUCCCCUCUAAUGUUGAACACUCCUGCCAACUUUCUCAUGCCAGAAAUGCCAACCACAUCUUGUUCAACCUCCUCUACCAGGCCUUCUGUCAGCCAGUCCAUGUCUGAUAUGUCAAGCAAUAUGACAUCAACAGCCGUGCAGACUGAUAACAAGGUUGUGAUUUGUGAGAAGCUCCAGCUAAUUCAAGGCAAGCUAGCCAAGGCCCUGAAGAGUGCUAACCUCUCGCUGGAGAACAUCCCCCCUGAGCUGCUUCAGAGCGUUAAUGAGGAGGUGUCAGCACUGAAUAUUGAUGGAGAGGAAAUUGCAGUGCCUCCAUCACCUUUCUCUAUGCCUGUUGGCACUGGUGGAGUGAUUGGAGAUCAGGAUGGUAUUGAAGGUUUGAUGGUUGCAGAACCUGCACAAACUCUACAUGACACUAUUGGAGAUAUGCUUUCUGAAGAUUCAAGCAAUAAUAGCAGUCCUCCUACUCCUCCUGACCUCAGUACGUCAUCCUUGCCACUGACCCCCACCCCAUCACCAGCCUCACCUCAGUUUCCACCUAUGAUUGAUGUGGAUCAACAGACAGACAGUAACUCAGACACAGCACUCACUUUGGCAGCUGCUGGAGGUCAUGAUGAGCUUGUAACCCUUCUGCUAGUCAAAGGCUCUGACAUUGAGCACAGGGACAAGAAAGGCUGCACCCCACUGAUUCUAGCAGCCACAGCUGGCCAUGCAUCCACUGUUGAGAUCUUGUUGGAUCAUGGAGCAGAUAUUGAGGCUCAGUCAGAUCGCACCAAAGACACUGCACUUUCCCUGGCAUGCUCUGGUGGUAGGCAAGAGGUGGUUGAGUUACUGAUUGCUAAAGGAGCAAACUUUGAACACCGCAAUGUGUCUGAUUACACUCCACUAAGUCUUGCUGCAUCUGGAGGUUAUGUUGGCAUCAUCAAACUUCUGCUGAGCCAUGGUGCUGAAAUCAAUUCUCGCACUGGGAGCAAACUUGGAAUAUCGCCAUUGAUGUUGGCAUCAAUGAAUGGCCACACAGCAGCUGUUAAACUCCUGCUGGAUAUGGGAAGUGACAUAAAUGCACAGAUCGAAACCAAUAGAAACACUGCGCUGACUUUGGCCUGCUUUCAAGGACGACAUGAGGUUGUAAACCUGCUGGUGGAAAGGAAGGCAAAUAUAGAACACCGUGCAAAGACUGGUCUGACUCCCCUUAUGGAGGCAGCAUCUGGUGGGUAUGUGGAGGUGGGUAGAAUCCUUCUUGACAAAGGAGGUGAUGUUAAUGCUCCACCUGUUCCAUCCUCUCGGGACACAGCUCUGACCAUAGCUGCAGACAAAGGACAUUACAAGUUUUGUGACCUGUUACUUUCACGUGGAGCCAUGGUAGAUGUGAAAAAUAAGAAAGGAAACUCGCCUCUGUGGUUGGCAGCUAAUGGGGGCCAUCUGGAAGUAUGCCAGCUGCUCUUUAGUUAUGGUGCAGAUGUUGAUAGUCAAGACAACAGAAAGGUGUCCAUUCUUAUGGCAGCAUUCAGAAAGGGCCACAUAAAAGUUGUCAAAUGGCUUGUCAAGCAUGUCCAUCAGUUCCCCUCUGACUCUGAAUGUACACGAUUCGUAUCCACUCUUUCUGAUAAGGAACUUUUGAACAAGUGUCACAAGAAUAUGGAGAUAAUAAUAACAGCUAAAGACCGCCAGGCUGCAGAGGCCAACAAGAAUGCGUCCAUACUCCUGGAGCAAAUUGACUUGGAGAAAGAACGCGAAGAGCUGAAGAAAGCGGCUGCUGCCCGAAAGAGAGACAAGAAAAAACAAAAGAAGAAGAAGAAACUCCAAGCAGAGAAAGAGACAGAGACAAAUGUUAAGAACAUGGCUGAAAAAGAAAACAGUGAUGAUAGUAGUGAGCCUGAAAGGAAGAUUUCUGCUGAAAAUAGUGUGAAUACAAGUGUUUUGCCACCACCACUGAGUACAUCUGCAGUGAUUGACAGCAACACUGUUAGUGGCGUCAGGACAAGGAAAUCAUCGACUGGCUCCCUGGAUACGCUUACAAGUAUUGCGAUCACUGCUGCUGUCACAACAACAUCGACUGGAAAGUCUACUGAUGUGAUCAGUGUUAUGAAAACUGCUGAGAUCACCAAAGUAGUGGCCAGUACCAUCAUGACUCAGACUACUCCCCACAGUGCUCUGUCGCCCAUCACCGUGGCCACUGCUGCAGCCCAGUGUCUCGCUGUCACUCUCACAACAACAACGGCUACUACUAAAAUGUCCACCUUGCCGAGUCCUAAGAAGGGUAAAAAACACGAGGAUGGCUGGAAGGAGGUUGUAAGAAGGUCCAAGAAAAUGUCCGUUUCGUCUUCUGUGAUCAGUCGUGUGAUUGGUCGAGGAGGGUGCAAUAUCAACGCUAUCCGUGAAACAACUGGAGCCCACAUUGACAUCGAUACCAAUCGGCAGAAAACAACCGGCAGCUGUAUAGUUACCAUCAAGGGACCUGCUGAUGCAACACGACAAGCGCACCAGCUCAUCUCGGCCUUAGUCAAGGACCCUGAGUGUGAUAUUAAUGACGUCCUUCCCCGGAAAAAGCACCUUCAUUCUCCAAUCAGCCGUUCAUCGGUCGCUACAACAAUCACCACCUCAGUCACCUCCACAGUCUCUCAUCACAGAACCCUCUCAGAACCUAAACCCAUCACUACAUCCUCUAAAGUACCUUCGACAACACAGUCCACCCAAACACGAACCACAACGAAAACCACCACAGCUGUUGGCCCUCAAAGCUUGUCCAGCUCUUGGCCAUCUACUAAUGGUGCCCCCGUGGCACAGGUUACCACAUCCGUCAGCUGCACCACUGCGAAGAGUACCGUAACUUCAUCAACCCAUAUGCCGAGCACGGCACGUUGGGCGACUACAACGCAAACUGCAUCUAACACCAGCAAGAAGGCACCACUGGCCGCUGCGCAAGUUGCAGCAGCAAGUUCGCAUUCCAGUGCUGUUCCUGUGGCUUCCGCGUCUGUCAGGAAGACUUCUGGUGGAGCCGCAAAUAUUAGUGGUUCUUCUAGUUCCGGUGUGGUCAAGCCCCCAACACCUGCUAAGCGACAAUUGUUUCCUGAAACACCAGCUGAGGCGUCAAGGAAAAAUUCAUCAAGCAAAACGGCCAGGGUAGUUAAGGGAUCUCCUUCCUAUUCAUCUGUUGCAAUGGGAGUAACUGGUGCCACUGGGGGUGGUGCACUGGAUGGCGUACUACCAAUAACAACUUCAGCUUCAUCCUCAGUAACAAGCUCUGUGACUACAUCCUUGGGUUCUUCAAAUCUUCCAGCUGCUAUUAGCAAUAUCCUGUCACACGUCGGCCAGACGCUGAGUCCCAGUGUAUGGAAUGAUAUAGCGCAUCCCAGCAUCCGACCAAACGUCGGGCCUGUCUCGGAGCUAGACCAUCCCUCAUCAGCAUCUCCGGCAGAUCCUAUCACGCAGCCCCUGUAUAUCACAACUCCAGGGGCCCUGUUUACCCCUCUCCCACACGAGUCUGUGUCAUCCUCCCCACCCAACACCUCUGGUUCCCCGGUGCCGACUACAACACCUUCAACGUCGACAUCACCCAACUCCUCCCCCAUAGGGACAUCGCUUGCCCCUGGUAGUAACACUCUGGUCGAGUCUGGUGACAAACCAUCCCUGAGGCCAAUAGGAACUGAAAGAGCAUCGAGGAGAGUGUGCGCAAGUCCACUUCCCUCAGUACCUGGAAUAUCACCGCUAAUAGGAACAGAGGGAACACAGGUCGCUGGAGUUUGGAGCUACUCCUAUGCCCCAGAUCCCACGCUGUCAGCAGGAUGGUCGGCCGCACCCUCAGUUUCAACAGCGCCGUCACCCCCUCUAAUCAGCGGCAGUAACUCGUUACCAGGCUCAGAGGAGGAGCAGUUUGGUGUGAACCCAGGGGAUACGCUACAGACAUUCUUGGAACGGCUGUCGCUCUCGAGCCAUCUUGGUCUCUUCCAGAAAAACGAAAUAGACCUGGACGCCUUACUGUUGAUGUCGGAAAAAGACUAUGCAGAUAUCGGUCUGCCGAAGGGACCUCGGGUGAAGCUAUUGAACAGCACUCGACAGCUUUACACCAGCGACACACCAGAGUUCAGUACGGUCCCACCUGGUGCCUCCCCCGGUUCAAGACCCGCCGGUCGAAAUACUGGGUGGAGUCCUCAGGGGGGAAUCAUCGCGACCUCAACGACAGCAACGACUGUAGCUGCCGGGGUUCCGUUUGGGGCGAAAAGGGCUCCGGGUCGGAAAGUCGAUCCAAGCAAACGACAGGGGUGGAAAUCAUGGAGUCGGACAGCGGUUUAAAUCUAAGCGGGAUCACCAAGUAAACUUCGACAUUGUCAAACUCUGGACAACAGAGGACUCUUGAAAAACGGACCUAACUUUAUUUUGGGUUAAUUGGAGCUAUAAAUGAUGAAUAAAUCUUAGGUUCAAUCGA